AAACAGAGAACAUCCCAUUCCCCAUCAAGCGCACCUAUAUAAGCUCCGUUCCCACUCCCGACCUUGCCUUCCGAACCCUACCCGCCGCUGCCGCUGCCGCUGCCCAUUUCUCUCUUCGCUUGGCACCGCCGCAGCUGCUCUCCGAGCCAACCAUGGCGGACGUCGAGGUCGACCCGGAGGUCGCCACCGGAGCGCAGCCUGCGAAGAAGAGGACGUUCCGCAAGUUCAGCUACCGCGGCGUGGACCUCGAUGCCCUCCUCGACAUGAACACCGACGACCUCGUCCAGAUGUUCCCCGCGCGCGCGCGCAGAAGGUUCAAGAGGGGUCUCAAGAGGAAGCCCAUGGCGCUCGUCAAGAAGCUGCGCAAGGCGAAAAAGGAUGCCCCUGCUGGUGAGAAGCCAGAGCCAGUAAGGACACAUCUCCGCAACAUGAUCAUUAUGCCUGAGAUGAUUGGCAGCAUCGUUGGUGUCUACAACGGCAAGACCUUUAACCAGGUUGAGAUCAAGCCUGAGAUGAUUGGCCAUUACCUUGCAGAGUUCUCCAUCAGCUACAAGCCAGUCAAGCACGGUAGGCCUGGUAUUGGUGCCACCCACUCCUCACGGUUCAUUCCUCUGAAAUGAGUUAUGCAGCCUUAUAGUCUGCUGCUGCAAGCCAUUUCUAAACUGUCGGUCGACUGGCAGGCGUCCUUACAGCUGCUUCCAUUGUUUUGGAUAACUUAUAUGUCUUAAGGCAGUAUGUCUUGUUUAGCUAAGCGCAUGGUGCAAAAUGUGUUGUUUGCUUAUGUUCUGUGUGAAUGUUGUUUACAUUCAGAAGUUAGCUUCUAUUAAAUGUGUCUGCGAUUUCCAAUGAUAAUAUAUGUCUAGUUAUGUUGGCAAUGUUUACAUACACUAUGCCAACCUGA